AAAGAUCGGCGAGCGGCAAAGGAUCGGCGCUCUUUGGCAGCGACGCGACGCUGCGAUAUUGGCGACGCGAACGAUUCUGCGCGGCAUCGCACAAUUAAUGUAAUCGGCAGGUGAUUUCACGUCGCUGAUUAAGCGCCAUGUCCCGCGAUGGACCAAUCAGCUGCUUGGUAAAUCGCCGUGAGACCUCGAGAAUCUGUCCCCCACAGACGAAUGACAACAAAAGAGACUGAUAGAAGUCGCGCGCGCGAGAGAGAGCCCGAGUUUUUUCGCACGCGAGUGUGUGUAUCCCGCGCAGCCGAGGCCGAGGGGUAUAUCCGCCGCCGCGGCUGCUUUUUUUCCGUUCCCCGUAGCGCGCCGCGAGUAACGUCGCUUCGCUGGUGGUGAAAGUGUCGAGGAAUAUGAAGAGGAGAAAUGUCGAGUGCGGUAAGCUUCGGAGGCCCUUGAAACGCAACAAGCUCACCGAGGGAAUCUACGGAAGUACCUUGCUUUAUCUAAAGUUUCUUCUACUAUGGGCCAUGGUGAUUUUGGCAGACUUUAUUUUGGAAUUCCGUUUUGAAUUCUUGUGGCCAUUCUGGCUACUCCUCCGAAGCGUUUACGAUUCCUUUAAAUAUCAAGGCUUGGCCUUCUCUGUAUUUUUUAUUUGUAUUGCACUUACGUCAGACAUGAUUUGCUUCUUUUUCAUCCCUGUGCAUUGGCUGUUUUUUGCCGCUAGCACUUAUGUUUGGGUGCAAUAUGUUUGGCACACAGAUAAAGGUGUGUGCCUACCAACUGUGAUGCUGUGGCUACUAUUUCUAUAUAUAGAGGCAGCAGUGCGGUUACGUGACUUACGUCAUAUGCCAUUUCAUCUAGACCUCUGUCGGCCGUUUGCAGCACAUUGCAUUGGCUAUCCUGUAGUUACAUUGGGCUUUGGUUUUAAGAGCUAUGUAGGCUACAGAAUGAGGCAGAGAAAACAGAAAGAUGUGGCAAAGGAGAAUGAGUUCUACCUACAAUUACUGCAGCAAGCACUGCCUCUAGAGCAACAAGCUAUGUCGAUGCAGCAGAUCCAACCACAAGUGCAGUCACAAACGCAACAUGUCACUACGUCAUUGGAACAACACAUUAAAACUCAAACACACAAAUUGAGUCCACAAUAUAAUCCAAGCCCUGAAAAAAGCAGAGGUAAGGGCAGUAACAGUUCUAUAGAAACAAACGUACAAAAUGGUGGAGUACACAAUAGUAGCCAAAUCACAUCACAAGCACAGAGCGCUACUACCAAAGGUACUCAUAGAAAAUCCUUAGAUAAGAGUGAAAAGCAGGAAGAGCAGCAUAAUAAACAUAAUGUAUCAAAUAAUUCACCAUCAGACAAAAAUGAUAAAAGAUUUAUACAUAGUAACGGAAAUACAGUAUCACACAGUGACAUACAGCUUAUCGAGAGGGUGGGAUCUGUAAAUGAUUUUGACGUAAAUGAAGUAGAAAAAGACAAGUCUAUCAAGGGUUGCGGAAACACUACAAUAAAAUCGCAAUCAAACGGUUCGGUAACGGGAAAAUGGAAUAAUGUGAAGGAAAGCCGAGAUUCAUCGUCGACCACCAAUGUCCAACGCGAACGUAAGACUCGACAGGUUAAAAAUACAGGUGACAUCACGGCAGAACAACAGAAACAACAAGACGAUUAUUAUCAAAGGUUACUGGUGUGUCGCAGGCUCGAGACGGAUAUAAAACGCUUGAAAUCAGACUUGCAGUCAAGUCGGCAGUUGGAACAAGAAUUACGAUCGCAAGUCAAUACCUUGCUUAACGGAGAGCGGCAGGCUAAGGGCGACAUUCAACAACUCCAACAUGAUAACGAUCAACUACAAAGCAAAUUGCAUGGUUUAGUGACGGCGCGUCAAUUGGAUAAACAGACGAUGUCAUCAUUGGAAAAGCGAAUUGCAGAGGAGAGGAAACAACGCACUGCGUGUGAAGCGUCCUUGAUCUCCGAACGGAGGGCACGGCGAGCUGCCGAGGAGGCACGCUCCGCAAUUCCACCGCCACCACCUCCGCUUAUUAGGCAAGAAUGCACUGACGCGUGUAAAAAUCGAAGAUCACAAAUAGAACAGGAUCUUAAAAAUCUGCGUCGUGAACUCAAAUCGAAAGAGGAAAGGUGUAACGUAUUGGAAAAAGACACAGCGCGUUGCAAAGAGAACCACAGAGAGUCCGAAAUUUUACUCACUGCACUCAAUGCGCUACAGGACAAAACCGCGCAUUUGGAAAACAGCUUGAGCGCGGAGACACGUAUAAAACUUGAUCUUUUCUCGGCACUCGGUGAAGCCAAGCGGCAAUUAGAAAUUCGAGAAAGCUUAAUCAGAUCUCACGAGAAAGAAAUCGAGAUGUUGAAAACAAAAAUAGCGCAAGAUUUAGCUGUGAUGCCACAAGACACGUUUGGUCCAGCGCCAACCUGUGCGACGUCCAAGCUACGUUUAAAUAGUGAAGUGAGAGUAGCAGGAACAAAAAUACGUUCAAACGAAAGUCCUUGUCCGGGGUGUACCGUGUCGAAUUUGGAUCCGAAUGCGACAGCGUACACGCCUAAAAGCUCCCUCGUAGCGUCGACCGAAGCUUAAAAACUGCGAUUGUUCUCUCUCAUCAAAACCCGAUAGUAGGAUGUAUGAAUUACAAAAGGAUGUUUCAAGUUUCUCCGUGGAAAUAUUAACCAGUUUAGUUCCUGCAAGUAUAUGGCAAAAAUACGAAUUUACCAAUAUCACAUCUUUCCUAUAUACUCAUCUUCUUAAGGAGAUAAUAUUUUUAUCAUAUACAGAUUCUUUCAAUGUGUAAAAGAAACCUGAAAGUCUUCCAUGAGAAACUUUAUGAAACACAUUUUGUAUCGUGUCUUGUCCUUUCAGAGAUAAAAAUGAAACCGUUGACAUUACUUAUGAUCAUACGACGCGACACAUUGGUUUCUAGAAUGUCAGGGAAAUCCAGUGACAGUCUUAAUUUGUAACAUUUAUUAUUUUUUUAUGUGCUGCGAGUUGAUUUUACAGAUAUAUAAUAAUAAUUUGUACCAGUGAACGAUAAAAGUGUUUCGGCCCAUAUAUAAAUAUCAAUAACACACAAUGCCUAAUACUUUUAAAAAUUAAUAUAUUAACUAGGGCUAUAAAUAUACGGAUAAUUUAAUAUUCGAAAUAUCUGAUAUUAUUAUUCGAUUAUACUCCGGAUAUUUGUAUUAUCGGAUAAUCUAAAUAUCUGUGAAUUAUUAAAAUCUUAAGAUCUGAAGAUUUAAAUCUACGAAUUUGCAAAUUUGGAUUUGAACUAUUUGAAUUAUAAAACGAUAGAUGGAAUGUUAAUUUUUUUUGUCAUAAUAACAAUAAUAUAAUAUAAUAAUAAAAUUUAUGGAAAUUAUAUUCAACUUUUAUAUAUUUAUUAUAUAAAUAAAACUGCAAAAUAAUGCAAAAAAAGAUAACAAAAUAUUGUUUCUAUUUUAAUUACAUUUAUAUAAUGUCAAUCAAGUUUGAUUUUGUUAGUCUUCUGUCUACUUUUAUCUGAUAGAUAGCUCAAAUUAAUAAAUAUGCAGAUUCAGAUAUAGAUUUGAUCUUUUGAAAUAUUAAAAUCUGAUUUAUCCAGAUAGUUCGAAUAUCGAAAUUUGAGUAAUCAGAUAAUUCUGUGAACCAAUUAUCUGGAUGUCCAAAUAGCAGCAUAUCCGAAUUGUAUUUAGUCCUAAUACUGACCGUUAGUUUAUAUGUAAGUAAAACAUGUUUUAUAUCCUACACACAAAGGAUAUUUUACACAGAAAGUCUAUUUUGCUAAAUGCAUUUGUCAUGUACGAUUAAAAUGAUGAUACAUGUUUCUUAUGAUACACAAGAUACAUUUCAUAAUUAUCUGUUUAUGUAUUCUGAUGUCUACGUGUUAAAAUACUAAUUGAUCUUUAACAUUGGAAAAUGAUACACAUACACGCACACAAAUAUCUUACUAAUGAAAUCACGAUAAAAAAAAUAUUAAUAUCUGUGUUAUGAUCUUCUCGCAGCAUAUGUCUAAACAUAUGAUGACUUGUCAAAGAUGUAUUCUUCUUCAAGUCGUAUAAUUGAAGCUAGUCCAUCAUAUUAUAUAUACAAACUCUAUUUAAAUAUCAUUGGCGUGUGGAGCCAUUUUACGUUAUGCGAUUAUCAUGCGGAAAUAAGCCAUUGACAACAAUAGAGGGAAAUAUGAGCGUUAUAACAUUCAAGAAGGAUCAAAGUAAAUGUCACGACGCUAAAAUUGUUUUAGAUAAUCAUAUGCCUGUACGAUGAUACUCUCACACACACCCAUACACAUGCGCGUAUUUUUCUGUGCUUUUAAAUUCUAAUAUAUUUUUAGUUAAAUAAUUCUCUUUUAUGUAUUGGCUUUCAAACGGUAUGAAGUAGCCAUUACAUUUUUCGCGAGAGUAAAAAUGUAUAGAUUACAAUAUGUGAUAAAAACUUGAUCUAAUUGAAAAAUUUUGGCAUACAAUGAUCAUACUAGUAUAUGAGAUUAUGUAAUGCCAUACUAUGUUAAAAAAAAAGCGGAAAAGAAUUUAAAUAUGAGAUAAUAAUUUUAUUAUAAUUACAAAAGUAGAGAGCAAAGUUAUCUUCGUUUGAUUGCUUUAUUUAAAGAAGAAUAUUUAAUUCUCUAUUUAGCGACACCGAAUUGUUGAAAUUUAUUGUGACUAGAUGUAAAGUUUUUUUUUUUCUUCUCUUCUUUUACGACGUCCAUUAAUAUAAUUUAAUAUGAUUUAAGAAUAGAAAAGUUUUGUUUUUUCUUUUUUUUCUUUUAAUUGUUCUUUACACAUAUAUGUAUAUGUAUAAAAAAUAUGUUAAAUGGCUUUGACAAAUUAUGGCACCAUUGAAGGCAUGUGGUACAUAAUAUUUAAAUGAUCUGUCUACUUAAAAAAAUAUAACAAUUUACAUAUGGCGUAUAUUAAAGUGCACAUUUUUUUAAAUAUUCGCGCAAAUUGUGUGCGUCUAUUCAUCUAUUGGUUUAUUAAUUACGCUGUAAGGAGGUGCUGUAUGUUAUAAUUUUGAUUUGUAUACAGAUUUUUUUUUUUAUAUACUUUCAUCUUAAAAAUUGAUAAAAAGUUGUUAUAUAAUUUUAAUUUAAUUGGCUUAUAAAGUGUUUGGAAGAAUUGUUGAGGAGAAUGCGAUGCGUGUGGCAUUACGAAAAAUUAAUAUCAAUAACGAUCAAAGAUAAAAUCGAUUGAAUAAUUAAUCGAUGUUAACAAAA